AUGUCUCUCCGAUUUUCUAGCAGAUCCAGGCAUAUUUGCUUACGAUCUGGAACUGGACCUCAGACCACCCAGUGGAGUGCAGGCUUUGCAGGCAGCAAUGCAUGUGGGAGCUCUGCUGCUGGAAGUGGUUUCUCCUGUGCCUUGGGAGGGGGCUUGGGCAGUGCUCCUGGUGGGAGUCAUGCUGGUGGUGCCCUUGGAAAUGCUGCUCGUGUUGGCUUUGCUGGAAAUCAAGGGGGACUCCUCUCUGGGCAUGAAAAAGUGACCAUGCAGAAUCUUAACGACCGCCUGGCAUCCUACCUGAAUAAUGUGCAAGCUCUAGAGGAGGCAAAUGCUGAACUAGAGAGAAAAAUCAAGGGUUGGUAUGAAAAAUAUGGUCCUGGAUCUUGCCGCCGACUUGAUCAUGACUGUAGCAGAUACCUCCUAACCAUUGAGGAUCUUAAGAAUAAGAUUAUCUCUUCCUCUACGGCUAAUGCUAAUGUCGUCCUGCAGAUCGAUAACGCCAGAGUGGCUGCUGCUGAUUUCCGGCUAAAGUAUGAGAACGAGCUCACCCUUCACCAAAGUGUCGAUGCCAACAUCAAUGGGCUCCGGCGAGGCCUGGAUGAGCCGACGCUCUGCAGGACCAACCAGGAGCUGCAGUAUGAAUCCCUGAGUGAGGAGAUGACGUAUCUCAAGAAGAACCAUGAGGAGGAAAUGAAGGUUAUGCAGUGCGCCGCUGGAGGCAACGUGAACGUGGAGAUGAACGCGGCCCCAGUGGACCUCAUGGUCCUGCUGAACAACAUGAGAGCUGAGUAUGAAGACCUUGCAGAACAGAACCGCAGGGAUGCCGAGGCCUGGUUCAACGAAAAGAGUGCCACUCUGCAGCAGCGGAUCUCGGAUGAUGCUGACGCAGCCACCUCUGCCAGGAAUGAGCUGACAGAAAUGAAGCGCAGGCUGCAGACCCUAGAGAUCGAGCUGCAGUCGCUCUUGGCAACGAAACACUCCCUGGAGUGCUCCUUGACAGAGACGGAAGGCAACCACUGUGUGCAGCUCGCUCAGAUCCAGGCUCAGAUCGGGACCCUGGAAGAGCAGCUGGAUCGGGUCAGAACCGGGACCGAGGGCCAGAAACUCGAGUAUGAGCAGCUCCUCGACAUCAAGGUCCAUCUGGAGAAGGAGAUCGAGACCUAUUGCCGCCUAAUAGAUGGAGAUGGAAAUUCAUGUUCCAAAUCAAAGAGCUUUGGAUUAGGACAUUCAGGGGAUGCAUCUAAAGAUUUAUCCAAAACCACACUGGUAAAGACAGUGGUUGAAGAGAGAGAUCAACGUGGCAAAGUUCUUUCGUCAAGGGUUCACUCUAUUGAAGAAAAGACAUCCAAAAUGACCAAUGGCAAGAUAGAACAAAGGAUUCCUUUUUAG